UGGGCGAGAGGCUGACUGGAUGAGUGGAAACCCUCAGCUGAUGAUAGGAUCCGGUGAAAAUUUUAACAGUACCAGCUGCCCACAGACUGUCAUAGACCUAACAUGAAUGUGCCAUAUUUUGUCUUAAAAGCCGCGCUUUUGGCUGUGAUCAGCGGCUGCUGUUGUGCCAGCAGCGUCCCUUCAUUCAUCCUGCCGUUCACCGACUGCGCCCGGAGCCGUGGGAAAGACGGUUUCUACCGGGGAGCGAUAGACGUCACUGAGUCCGGCGCCCGGUGCAUGAACUGGACCGAAGUGGCCGGCUUCGAGGAGCGGUAUCCGGGCAAAGGCAUAGGAGAGCACAAUCACUGUCGCAACCCGGACGGCCGAAUCCGACCCUGGUGCUUUUUUAAGAACCACAGAGGCAGAGUAGACUGGGGGUACUGCGACUGUAAACAAGGCUCAGUGCGUCUUCAAGGUGGCCGCUCCAAGCUAGAUGGCAGGGUGGAAGUGUACCUAGAGGGAGUGUGGGGGUCCAUUUGUAGCAAUGACUGGGGGGACAAAGAUGCUACAGUGGUCUGCAGACAGCUGGGCAAGGGAUUUUCAGGUCGCGCCCGAGCAGUUCCUCUGUUUCGUCCAGGCGCAGCCAAGCUCCACUGGACGGCGGUUCAUUGCCAAGGCAAAGAGCCAGAUCUGCUCCAGUGUCCCAAGGCUACCUGGAAUGGAGAAGAAUGUUCUCUGGUUGCAGCUGUUACCUGCAACCAACAACCAGCAGGUGUGUCCCUUCCCAUAAGGCUCGUGGGAGGUCCGUCAAAGUCAGAGGGCAGAGUUGAGGUCUUCCAUGCCGGGCAGUGGGGUUCCAUAUGUGAUGACCAAUGGGAUGACAGUGAUGCAGAAGUGGUGUGUCGACAGCUGGGGCUGAGUGGUGUUGCAAGGGCAUGGAGCCAGGCACAUUUUGGCAAGGGUUCAGGCCGUGUGUGGCUGGAUGAGGUGCGCUGCACAGGCAAUGAGCUCACUCUGGAGCAAUGUCCAAAAAGUGCAUGGGGAGAACACAACUGUCUGCACUCUGAGGAUGCAGGGGUGUCCUGUAACCCUCUUACAGAUGGUACUAUUAGGUUGGUUGGGGGUACCGGCAGCCACGAGGGGCGUUUGGAGAUCUUCUACCGUGGUCAGUGGGGGACUGUGUGUGAUGAUGGAUGGACAAACUCUAACACACAAGUGGUGUGCCGACAGCUUGGCUACAGGGUGGGUGAGACUCUCCCUCCUGGAGGGUUAGGCACUCCAGUCUCACGCUUCGGGGUGGGAUCAAGCCCUAUUCUGUUGGACGAUGUGAGCUGCACAGGAAAAGAACCUAGCUUAUUGCUGUGUAACAGGAGGGAGUGGCUCCGACAUGACUGUACACACCAUGAAGAUGUUAACAUUGCAUGCAGACCUGAGCACAAUGGAGAGAGUCUGCCAACAAGUGUGCCAGUAAGGCUAGUGGGAGGAGAGAGACCUAGGGAAGGUCGUGUUGAGCUCUACCUGUCUGGUCAGUGGGGGACCGUCUGUGAUGAUGGAUGGACCGAUCAUGAUGCUGAGGUGGUGUGCAGACAGUUAGGCUACAGUGGCGUGGCAAAGGCCCGCGUGAUGGCGUACUUCGGUGAAGGGACGGGGCCCAUCCAUGUGGACAAUGUGAAGUGCACUGGGGAGGAGCUUUCAUUGGCUGAUUGUAUCAAGCAGGUUCCAGGAACGCACAACUGCCGCCACAGUGAGGACGCUGGGGUCAUAUGUGACUAUGGAGCAUCGCAGCCCAGCUAUAAAGUGGUUAAAGAUCCUGUGAACUCAAUUUGUGGUCUGCGGCUCAUACACACACGCCAGCGGCGAAUCAUAGGAGGAGAAAACUCUCUGAGGGGUGGUUGGCCAUGGCAGGCUGCCAUUCGUCUGCGAGGCUCUCGAGGAGACGGGAGGUUGGUUUGUGGAGCAACACUUAUUGACACCUGCUGGGUUCUCACCUCAGCACACUGCUUCAAAAGGUAUGGAAACAGCACCAAGCAGUAUAAAGUCAGAGUGGGAGAUUACCACUCCCUGGUCCCUGAGGAGUAUGAAGAGGAGUACGGUGUUGAUCAAAUUGUCCUCCAUCCAAGCUACCACUCCCAUAGCAAUGAUUACGACCUGGCUUUGGUUCAUCUGUCACCGGGGGCGGUGGGCCAGAUACCGGGAGAGUGUGUGUCAUUCAGCCGGCAUGUCCUUCCUGCCUGUCUGCCUAUGAAGAAAGAGCGAGUGCUCAAACAAGCUAGCAACUGUCACAUAACGGGCUGGGGUGACACAGGCCAUUCCUACUCCAAGACCCUGCAGCAGGCUCCUCUGUCACUAUUUCCGCGCCGUCACUGCGAGCAGCAUUUUCGCGGAGCCUUCACAAGCCGCAUGCUCUGUGCCGGCAGCGACCAUUCAGAAAGGCGCGUGGACAGUUGCCGUGGAGACAGUGGGGGUCCAUUGGUGUGUGAGCGUCCAGGAGGGGGUUGGGUGGUUUACGGGGUCACAUCCUGGGGUCACGCCUGCAGGACACAACAGUCACCUGGUGUCUACACCAAAGUCUCUGCUUUUAUUUCCUGGAUACGCAAAGUAAUUGGACACGAUGACAAAAAGAAGUAAUAAAACUGAACAAUUGGCAUCUCAGUCAGAAGGACUGACUUUCAGAAGGCAACUUACACAACAGAAUAUUUCUGUGAUUAAUACCUGAUAUCAUGUUCUCAAUAAUCCACUGAGGUUUCUCUGAACCUGACUAAACUGAUGGGGAAAAAAAGACAAUGUUGGACUUUCUUCUCCUUGAAGACUUUUGUAUUUUGUUUUUGACAGAGGAGAGUAUUUUUUUUUUUAGCACUUAUUUUAAUAAUUUAACAUUUUUAGGAGCUUUUCAUUUCAAAUGAUAUAUUCCAUAAGUCAAGCAUCUUUGCGUUUAUGUAGUUGUGUACUGCUCAUUUUUUUAAACAGUGUUUUCUGUGCUUGCUUUUGUUAUGAAGUUGUGUUGUAAUUUAUGACAUGAAAUAUGCUAUGAAAAUGUUGAAAAGGGACCACAGUUUUAGAAAAAAAGCAUACAGUAAACAUGCAUGCUGUCAUGCUGACACAGUUCGUAAUAGCACAAUAUUGCAUACUUGCACUAAGAAUUCUUUUUUGGUACUUAAGGCAUGAUAGUCAGUGCUUCUGUGUUAAGUAUUCUAGUCAUGUUACCAACGUGAAAUAUGACUUAACCUCAUUUCAUGCUUGUUUAUGUAAAGUUUCUGUGUGAUUUCAGGUCUUAGUAACUCUCAGGCUUUUGUAAUUUCUAUCCAGUCAGUAUUUGUCCUUAGCACUGCUUAGCAUUGCAGUCAAAGGAAGGGACUUGAGUCCUUGUGAAUCAAAGCACAAAGCAUUUUGUGUGUUGAUUUGUUAGAGUGACUCUGUGUAAAAACAAAGAUCUUGGUAGGAUAACUGAGUGUUGUCAUGUUGGCAAUACAGAGGAGACAAUCUGUUACACUUGAAAAAACACCCACUGCCUCCUUAUUCGGUGUUUACUGACCAUAUUUUAUGUUUCCGUGUACUUCAACAUUUC